GUGAGCUUGCUUUUAGGAAGCGAUUAUCAUCCUAAACAGAAGAACUUGACUGCUUUCUGUUGAGGAAGCAUACCUUUUUAAAACACAAAGCUGUAAGAAGGAUUGACUGAAAAGGACUCUGUUAAAGGUGAUAAAUCUUUCACACAGACCUAUAAACACCUGAAAGUGAGCCGGCUGCAUGCAAAUUUCUCAUUGGGUUUGAAAACACUUGAAGCAGCACCAUGGAUUUUGUGAUGAAGCAAGCUUUAGGUGGGGCCACUAAAGACAUGGGGAAGAUGUUGGGUGGGGAAGAGGAGAAAGACCCAGAUGCCCAGAAGAAGGAGGAGGAGAGGCAGGAGGCCCUGAGGCAGCAGGAGGAGGAGAGGAAGGCCAAACAUGCUCGCAUGGAAGCCGAGAGGGAGAAAGUACGACAGACCAUCCGUGACAAGUACGGCCUGAAGAAGAAGGAGGAGAAGGAGGCGGAAGAAAAGGCAGCGAUGGAGCAGCCCUGCGAGGGGUCCUUGACGCGCCCCAAGAAAGCCAUUCCUGCCGGCUGCGGAGACGACGACGAGGAAGAGGAGGAAAGCAUCCUGGACACUGUGCUCAAAUUCCUGCCGGGACCCCUGCAAGACAUGUUCAAGAAGUAACGGACACGAGGGGCAGGAGAGGUGAAUGGGGCUGGCGGGAGAAGGGGAUUGGGUGAGAUUGCCUAACUGGGUCAUCCACAGCGCCGUUUUUAAAAUUAGUGUAAUAGUAAAAAUCAUCCUCAAACAAUCUGUUCGCACGACAGUCAGCGGGCAAAUCUGAACAGCCAAUCAAAAGAACUGAUCUAUUUGUCUUUUUCUUGUUUCAUUUUCUUAAUUGUAACUAGUGACACUACCAAGGAUCUCAGAAUUCCUGUCUCUCGCUCGAUAAGACGUAUUUUUGUUUUUUAAUGAAACAUUAAUUGGUUGGGGUGUUUUUUAGAUGUUGUCCACUGAUAAAAAAUUAACAGGCUUUCUGUAUGAAAGAUUAAUGCACACCCUAAACAGGUAAGGCAAGCAUAACAUCCAUUUUGAAAAUAUGUUUGAGACUUUGUUUAAAAAUUUACAUGCUGUAUUAACUGCAUUAAGCUCUUCAUUACAGAAAGUCAUAUAUUUAUUGUUAUUUUGUAAUGUAUUCCAACUACGCAAAACAGGCUGCUUAAGAAAAUAGGACAUGGAUUUGGUACCUUUUACAAAACGUGGUUUAAUUUAGCAUAUGCCUUUGUGCAUUUUCUUGCACAGAGGUGUUUGUGGCGAGAUGAUUUAUACAUUUGUCUUUCUUUGCAUGGGAAACAAGAUUGCUCCCAUUGGGGUAUAACUGGAGUCUAAUUUUUGUUUUUGGAGCUGCUAAACUGUGUUUGUCAAAUACAGAAUUUAUUUCAUUGUAUAAUAAAAUGUAUAAAGUGGGGCAAGUUACUACUGUGACACACAAAAACAAAUCGGAUAAAUCAGUUACCAUUUCACUUAAAGAUGACUCAAAAGGUAGUUUUCCAUGACAUGGAUUCAUUCUGAGAUCCUUCAGUAGGCUGUUAACUAUUGCAAUAGGUUUCUUAAGUAAGUGUAACACAUCAGACAGUUUUGUGCUUCUCCUUAUCACAAGCCAUGCUGAAGAGGCAACUGUUGAUGGUAAAAUGGGACUCAGAAGGCAAGAUGAAGCAAUCUUCACUGUCCUGUGAGUUCCAUCUAUACAACCUCAAUUCUUAAAAACCUCGCGAUUGUUUUCUCCGUCUUCAACAUGAUGUGUUUUGUUCAAUUGCUUACUUUUCUUUUUUUUUCUUUUAAGUUGCCUUAAAACAGCCUAAGUAAGCAUUCAGCUGUGAUCAUGAAUCGGCUACUGCCACUAGGUUUCCUUUUUAUUUCUGCCUCAGUGCUUAGUUGUGAAAAGCUAAAUGAAUUCAGUCAGCCCCCUAAUCCUGUUUCAUUUUUUACUUUAUUUUUAUAUAAACUAAGAUAAAUAUGGCAUGCACAGUGCAUACCUUGGGAUCUAUAUUAAUGUUUUGAACAGCAGCAGCUACUGCCAUACCAAAUACAUUAAAUCCAGACUUUUAUCUUUUGUCAAACUUUCCUGUACUCUGUUUCCGAUCUGUUAAUAUUUUAGGUGGAGGUCUUCUGCUGUCUGUCUUUCCAAUGGCUUUCAUGUAUUGCAAGUUAAUAUAUUAACUUGGUCUAAAGCCAGUCAAUAGUGGAAAGAUAUUCAAACUUCAAUGCAUACUGCAAAUUCAUUAUUUUGUAUUUAGAUUUUUAAAAGUUAAGCCAAGGUUAAAAAUGGACUUGUUACCUAUAGAGAGAUAUCUCCAUGAAAAGCAUUUUGCAUUUUGUUUACUAUAUACAGUAUAUACUGUAUAUAUGUUAGUCUUAUGUAAAGCAGAGUUAGUGUCUCCAUGUAUGACUCUAUGAUUGACACAUAAAAUGAAGUAGCUGAAUAAUUUCUUUCUGGCUUGGUUUAUAUUUAAUUUCCCUUAGGAUUUAUAAAAAUAUGAAGAUAGCAAGGCCAAUUUUAUGUGCAUGAGUUUCAGUGAUCUCUGAAGUUUCCUUUUAAAAGGUGUUUUUUUUAUUUUUAUGAAACUUCACAAAGACAUUCUAGCAUCUGUGUGUCAUAAAUGGAGAAAAAUACUUAAAUGGCGCUGAUGAUGAGUUACAAAAUAUAAUUACUUAGACAGCAGUGAAGUACAUAAGGGCAUAAAUAUUGAUGCUUUAAAGGGUACUGUAGGUGACAAAGUCUGUAAUGGUUUUGCAGUAUACCCUGAAUCUGACCUUCAUCUAGCUGGCAAGUUGCCAGAGUUUAGGACUAUUCCAAAGACAAUCAAACACAACCACUGCAUGGAAGUGGACGUAGCCGAUAUAUGAUGUCAUUUUGCAUUUAAGUUGCCAUGUUGCUUAUAUAUGUGUCCUAUAUGAUGUAUAUUACUUUUGUUAUGAUUUUGCCUAUUAUUAAUGAUUCUAGAAAGUUUAUUACUGCUAAUGAGUGGGAUGCUACCAGAACCUAGAAAUCACAUCUUUCUAAGUCAUUGGGACUGAGAUUUUUAAAAGAAAACACAAACAAAAACAAAUUUCUUCUUUAUUUUAUAGCUAAAAUUUAGCUCCAAUCGCCUUUCUACAGGGUCCCUUAUGCACUUUCCUUUCUCUUUUUUUUUCAUUUGACAUACAGAUUGGUUUUGCUAAGCAAACUGGAUAUAUAAAGGUUAGAUAACACGAAACGUAAUGACUGCCAAAAGUUGAAAAGGCUUUGCAAUGUGACUUUUAGCAAUCUUUUCAUGAAACUCUCUGUGUGCAACCUAAGGCACCAACAAAAUGGAAGCAUUGUCUUGUUGGCUUAAACAGGGACCAAUCAUUUGUGCAUAAGGAUCAGAUGUAAGAUGUGAGAUGUCUACCACAGGAUAAGAGUAACUUCCAUUUUUGUAAUUAUAGUUGCCAUAGAAAUGUUUACAACCUUUACCAUCAUAAUCCUUCUAUGUGAAUGUUUACACGCAGUUAUUUACCUUUAAAGUGAAAAUUUGACCUACUUAAAAAUGGAUCUGAUAACUUUGUAAGUUGUAUUUUUUAUAUCUAUAUAUUUGGAUUUUGGUAUAUAUAGAUUUAUUUUGCAGACAGGCUGUCUUCUAACCCACUAUUUUGUCUUCAGACUGCUGCCAGAGUUUUGCCUUUGCUUCUAGGGCAGAUUUUCAACUUCCUUCAAAGUAAAUUUUGAUAUUUUAGUGAGGGUUCCGCAAAGGAAAGGAACCACCUCUGACUGAAUGUGUGCACUACGUACAGUAUGUUGAUAAAAUAACAAAGAAACUAAUUCCUGUUAUCACAAGAAUAAAAAAAAACUAUUACAAUAUUUUUAACAUUUUUUCACAAGGACUUUUCAGAUACUAGUUAGCACCCUCAUUUCUCAAACUGAAUUUCUAUCUAAAGUGUGCAAAACAUUUGAAAAAUGAGCAUAUACACAAUAUACACAAAAAAGCUACCAUAAUAGAAAUUAUCAGCUGUUGUUGGCUCUUAUGUUUAAAGUGGGUAAAUAUUUUCAACUUCAACCUGUAGGCAACUAAGACAAGGAGAGUAAACUCAUUUGGAGCUAUUCAACUAUAAAAGGCAAUUAUCUUUGAAGUUAUGUCAAUUGCAGUUGAUGAUAUUUGGCAAAAGCCUGUUAUAUUAAUUUUGCACAAUCAAUAACUCUGCAAAAAAAGCAUGUCCAAUAAAUGUUGUUAAUGCAAAUGCGAAUUUAUGCUAAAAAGUUCUGCAAUGUUUUAUUCACCCUUGCCACAGUAUACAGAAUGAACAGUGUGUUAGCAGAAGUCACGCCUUAUUCUAUCAGAUGUUGGUUUCCUUCAACCUAUUUAUUAACAAUGCAAUGAUAAAGAGUGCUAUGGAAGUGGCCUGUUUGAAUCUGUUAACACCAAGACCAAAGAAGGAUCCCCCCUACCCUCCUUCCAGCCCCCUUUUGAGAUAAGUUUUGUCAUUCUCAACAAAUUAACCAUUAAUUUGCAUGGUUUUGUUGAUUUACACAGAACAUAAAGUUAUAGUUCUAGGACACUGUUUAAAAAUCUCAGGUAAUGGUUCUCGGUAUAAAAAAAUAAUUAAACUAUGCAAGAGAGUUGCUUGUAUAGUAAUUUGCUUAUUUUAUGGGAUCCAAUUUCCCACAAGACAGAAGGCUGCAGAAUGUACUUCAGGAUACUGGUAUUUUAACUGUUCCAUAGUCAUAUUGUUCAAUACAAUAGAUUGUAUCAUCUUUUAAACUACAGUCGAGGCCUUUUACAGUAACAACAAAUGCAUUUACUCUCGUUCACGUAGCUGAUCUUCAGAAUACAGGAAGUUUGGCACAAAUGUAUUUCACAUGACAACACUUUAAAUUACAGUGUUGCUUCAAAGUGUUAAUGUACCAGCAUUUUGAAGUAUAUCCAGACGUGCAGUGUACUAUAUCAGUGAGAUGUUUAGUGUGAAAUAAAUGGGGUGAAGGUUA